AGUCUUUUGAAAAACAAAGAUGGGUUGGUAGUAUUUUAGUCUGUUUAAGGUUCUGUUAGCUUCACCAGCAGUAGCCACCUAAAUGUGACCUUAAGACUAGAAUUUCUUCUUUGGUUGGUGGGAUUUUAAUGAUUGGUGAUUGAAAACCCGUUGGGCUUGGAUUUUUCGGUUCUUUCGAUCUGCUGCUCUCCUUUUGAUUGCUCGUUUUGCUAGAUUCAAUCCAGAAUUUCGACUUCGGAAUGGCGCUGGAAGUUGUCAAACCAGAGGAAGAGGUUGUUCUGGGAGAAGAAGUUGGAAAUGUUAGGUUGAUUACGCUUAACCGGCCAAGGCAAUUGAAUGUCAUCUCAUCUAAAGUGGUUUCUCUGCUGGCUGGAUACCUGGAGAAAUGGGAAAAAGACGAUGAAGGGAAACUUAUAAUCUUUAAGGGAGCUGGUCGAGCCUUUUCUGCUGGUGGAGACUUGAGGAUGUUCUAUGAAGGCAGGAAUAAAACAGAGGAUUCAUGCCUUGAAGUUGUCUACCGAAUGUAUUGGCUCUGCUAUCAUGUUCACACGUAUAAGAAAAUGCACGUUGCACUUGUACACGGAAUUGCAAUGGGAGGAGGUGCAUCAUUUAUGGUGCCAAUGAAAUUUUCAGUCGUCACAGAGAAAACUAUUUUUGCCACUCCAGAAGCAAGUAUUGGAUUUCACACUGACUGUGGUUUCUCGUAUAUGUUUUCUCGCCUUCCGGGAUACUUGGGUGAAUUCUUGGCCUUGACCGGGUCCAGAUUGAACGGCAAAGAAUUGGUUGCAGUUGGAUUUGCAACACAUUUUGUCCCUUCUGAUAAAUUGGAUGAACUAGAGACACGUUUGAUUAGUUUGAACUCCCAUGAUGAAAAUUCAGUUCGAUCUGCAAUUGAAGAUUUUUCUUUAGAAGUUCAGCUGGAUGAAGAUAGUGUCUUGAAAAGGCAAUCUGUAAUUGACAAGUGCUUUUCAAAGGAAACUGUUGAAGAGAUAAUAACCUCUUUUGAAGCCGAGGCAAGCGUUGAAGGAAAUGGUUGGAUAAUUCCCGUCCUGAAGGGACUAAAGAGAUCAUCCCCUACAGGACUGAAAAUAACUCUAAAAUCGAUACGCAAAGGUCGAUUACUAACACUGCAAGAAUGUUUGAAGAAGGAAUUCAGGCUGACAAUGAACAUUCUACGCACCCUUAUCUCUGGAGAUGUUUAUGAGGGUAUUAGAGCUCUCACCAUCGACAAAGACAAUGCUCCUAAGUGGGACCCACCAUCUCUUGACAAGGUUGACGACGAUAAGGUAAACGAAGUAUUUCAGCCUUAUGGGGAAGAUUUGGAACUCCAAGUACCCAUAGACGACGAACAAAGGUGGAGUGGUAAAUAUGAAGAUUCCAUUUAUGCAACUUUGAAAAUGGAGUGAGUAAGACAAUUGCAAUACAAAGUUUCUCAUGUUCUGCAGUAGCUGUUAUGGUUGGAAUAAUCUUCUUUAUCUUCUUUUAUCAACUGCCUCAUUAUGCCUAUCACAAGUAUAUCCUUUAUAAUCUAAUACAUAUUUACAUGCAAAGCAGUGAUUUACAAAUUUUGAUGUAUUAAUGUUAUCUUGUUUACCGAAAAUUAAAUUUGUGAAGAGGGCGUAGAAGGUAAUUGUAAGAGGAGAGUCGUAACUUGUAGUAACGACUUGUUCACAACAAAAUCUGCAUUGAUCAAAUUAAUGUUAAACUA